ACAGACACACCUUGAUCUGAACCAGGAAGUGCCCUGACGGCUCGUGUCUGCUUUGUCUUAAACACCGACGUGUUAAAGCUGAUAACAGACUAUAAUAAGACGAAAAGGAAUAUAUCUGAACAUACGUGAAGUUACAAACAUUGUUUGGUGUGGAUGUGGGUCUAGGAUCUGUCUGUUUGGUCGCUUUCAAAGCAGCAGUAGGUUUGUCUCGUCUAAAUGUGAGCUGAACCCGGAACUCCAUUCGACAUGUUGCCACCUCAGAAACUCCACCUGCUUCUCGCAGUCCUGCUGCUGCUCGGUGGCUGGACGGCAGACGGAGCUCAGAAUGGGUCAGAGGUGGAGGAGUUGGCGUCCUCCCAGCGUCUGGCCAGCGUCCCCUCCAGCAGGAACAUGGUGGCGAAGGAGGGAUCCAGCAUUCUGAUCGAGUGCAACGUGACCGCAGGCUACGAUGACAUCAAGUGGUUCAACUCUAAAGGACAUCUGCUGGCUGACGAUGCAGGUGGGAAGUGGCAGAUCCAGGAGAACGGCGACCUGAACAUCACUACGGUCUCCUUUAAGGAUCGUGGCCGCUACACCUGCGUCGCCUCCAACGCCACCGACGGAACCGAAAGCUACGCCGUCACUCUCCGCGUGGCCCACACCGACAGCGGCCUGGGCCUGUACUACGUCAUCGUCUGCCUGGUGACCUUCACCAUCACCAUGAUCCUCAACGUGGCGCGGCUCUGCAUGGUCAGCAGCCACCUCAAGAAGACCGAGAGAGCCAUCAACGAGUUCUUCCGCACCGAGGGCGCGGAGAAGCUGCAGAAGGCCCUCGAGGUCGCCAAGCGCAUUCCCAUCGUCACGCAGGCCAAGACGGUGGAGCUCGCCAAGGUCACGCAGUACAAGACAAUGGAGUUUGCCCGUCACAUGGAGGAUCUGGCUCGGAGCGUCCCUCUGCCGCCGCUCAUCAUGAACUGCCGCACGGUCGGGGAGGAUGGCGUGGAGACGGGGAACCCGGGGCCUCACCCUGCAGGGCAGGCUGGGACGUCGGUAUCUAGGAACAGACAAGCUAUAGGCCCGCCCUCCGCCCACGGAAAUGGAGAGGAGGAGGAGGAGGUGUGUCAGGCGCUGAUGUCAAGUGGAGGGAACAAUGAUUGCGCCGUUGAUGUCGAAGCUUCAGUCCACACAGUUUGUGAGACGCUGGACAGCGAGGAUAAGGAGGCUGAGCUGGGCCUCCAUGUGCCAGGAUCACGAACAAGUGUGUCCUAUGAGAGCAACAUCUAGGCUAUCUCAGUCGAACCCCGUCUUCUGAGGUCUCUAACGGCAAGUGCUUAGAAGAGAUUAAAAAAAAAAAUGCAUUAGAAAACUGUGGGGUUGGUUAUCAUUCAGAUUUGAGGGAUUCUGGUUCUGCUGGGUCCAAAUCUUCUCAUGCUGUUUGAGUAAGAAUAGAAACAGCUAUCUUACCAUGCACACGUUGGAUUCUAGCUGUUCAUCACUUGUUUGUCCUCGAGAUGGACAUCCUAGCUUCAGCUGAUCUCGGACUUUAGGACACAUCUGUGGCGAUCGAAAUACCAACUGAGUCACGAAGACAUAACGAGUCGAAGCUCUGCUGGGUCUUUGUGGUAAUCACAUACAGGUGCUCUUUGGAUCCUUCAGGUGCACUGUGUUUAUUCAAUCUUGUGAAGGGCUCAUUGCAUGAGGGAGGAAUAUGAUCUUAAUAAAGUAUAAAAUGCAAAUCUCCUUCAAAAAGAAUCCAAAGCAAACUGGAGAGUUUGUGCAAAAUUAAAAUACCUUUAUUUUUUUACAUGGCAAUAACUGUUUAAAUAGGUCUCCAUCAAGGUCAAAUUGCAGAUUUUGACCAUCAACGGAGCUCCAAAUUCUAUUUUCUUUUUACAUUUAAUUUGUAUUUUUCAUGUUUGUGUGGUGGGAUCCCCUCAACUUUCCAUUCUGUGGGCACACAGCUAGUGUAGCAGCAGAUAUAAGAGCUCAUUUUCCUCCUUCAGAAGCCAUUUGCUGCCUCUCGCUGUGACUGUCAGCUUCCACAGAAGAAAACGUUGUAAUGAAAUAUCCUUAUUUCAUUGUGUCGAUUGUUUUCAUGCCACUGCUUCCUGUCAAUCAUCUUGACACUCACAGGAAGAAGUGGAAAAAAACCUUGACAUAACGCCUCAGAAACGUGUGAUUGCUCUCCAUGUCUCUUUAUUUGUUUAUUCAGGACAUCAGAUAAUCACAGGUUUUGCUCCAGAGUGACUGUUUCACUGAAAGAAGUAAACAUAUUAGUAGUAAACAAGACGUUUGAGGGAAUUUUUACAACUACUUUUACUACUUUUACCUUUCAGACGCAGCCGAGGAAAUGAAAUAUAAACGUGAUUAUGUUUACAUUAGAGCUCCAAUGUCCAAUGUGAUGGAAAAUGGGUGAAAUUGUGCUCAUAAAUAUGCAGGUGUAAUCCAUCAUAUGUUGAUGUGUGCAUGCCUGGAAAAGUCGGGGACUUUGAUUUUGUAUUAUGAAGGUGAUGAAGCGUUUUCUGUCUGUAGUGACAUUUGUGAAUGUGGAAGGUAAAUAGCGACUCAUUUAGGGGCAGGUUGGUGAUUAAUUGUUUUGUGUAGAGGGUUAGAUAUGAAUAGAUAUGUCCACAUGGGUGUCUAAUAAUAGAAGUGUUUCCAUCACGACAGCAGUUUCUCUAAAUGGGGUCACCAGGCUUUAAAAUAAGAUUUGUUUGUUAUAUGAAGAUGUUUUUUCUGACCUUUUUUCAUCUCUUGAGUCCUCAAAAUCACAUUGUACUGAGACGCCAAACAAUGUUGAGAAACACAGUCUCAGAGAGAUAUAUGUAAGGAAAUUGUAUCAUGGAAAGGUGUGUAAACUGUGACUCAGUUGAUGGUUGAACUUUUUGUCUUUUGAUUUAUUGUGGUACUGUUUUGCUGAAUCUUGUUGCUACGUGAAACGGUGUCAUAUUUAAAGAUGUCUAGAUAUUUAAAAGUGAUGCUGAAUAGGUCAUCUGCAGGGAUCAAGAGCAACAAGUUUACAUCCUAUAAAUGACAUAACUUAAAUAAAUGCAAUCAAAAACUUACAAA